AUGAUUAAAGCUGUUGAUCAGAUGCAUAUAUCGAUUGAAGAAUUUUGGUGGAGGUGGAUGAGUUACGCUUUUUCUACCAAUCAUCAUAAAAGUCGAACACUCUCAUCAAGUAACAGACCAUAUUAUACAUUUUAUAAUGCCAUCAAAUCAACCAAUUCAUCAACAAUCACUCACAGUUAUUCAUCCAAACAGUUUUCUCCAGCAGUACACAACUUAAAAGAAAAGUCUGCAAAUGUAUCUCCUAUACGUAUAUUCGACCUAACAACAGAUGAUGAUAUUAAUGCUUCCAAUAUUAUUCAAUCCACGCAUAUUCCUAAGAGAAAAAUUGAUUCCGUUUUAGCUAAAGAGCAACGAAAACUAAGGAAGUUAUAUUUGGAUAAUAGAAAAUUCAAAAAUAAAUCUACCUUAUCAAACGGUCAAACUUCGUCUGCAACGCCAUCUGUUAACACGAGCCAGAAAGUUGAUGUCUUCAAUCGUCGUCAACAUUUAAACUCUUCAAAAAAGUUCACACAUAUUUCGUCUCAAAAGGAAAAUGUCAGCUAUGACAAGACUCCUCAACGUCAUUCUACAAACUUGCAAUCUCCUUCAAAUCUAAAUUCUAGGACUCCACUUUCCAAUAUUUCAAAUGGUUGUUUAGAUCAUGGUGAUCAGAAUGUUGUUUGUGAACUAUGUCAUGCUAAAUUAUGGAAAAACGAAGCUUCAAGAGGCAAUAAAACAGGGAAUAACAUCUUUUCUCUCUGUUGUGGUUAUGGGAAGGUAGAACUACCUCCUUUAAAAGAACCACCGCAAAGUUACAAACAACUUUAUCAUGCAGUAGAUUCUAAAAGCAAAUACUUCAUGAAAAACAUCCGUCGUUACAAUUCAGUGUUUUCAUUUACGUCGAUGGGUGGGAAAGUUGAUUCAUCCAUUAAUAGAGGAAACGCAUCAUAUAUAUUCAGGCUUAGCGGUCAAAAUUAUCAUAGCAUCGGAAGCCUUCUCCCUUCAAAUGGAUGUCAACCAAGGUUUUCUCAGUUGUACAUAUAUGAUACCGAAAAUGAAACCUCAAAUAGACAGAAAUGUUUAUGGGGAAGCAAUCAUCCUUCUACAUCAACUGAUGAUUCAACUAAUAUUCAAAUUAUAGAAGAUUUGAAGCUUAUGUUGGAUUCAAAUAACGAGUUGGUCAAGUGUUAUAGGAUGGUUAGAGACGUUUUUAAUUCAAAUCCUCAUGCUGAUCUAAAGUUACGAAUUAUUGGAAAAAGACAGCAUGAUGGAAGGACAUACAACCUACCAACUGCUUCUGAGGUCGUUGCUUUAAUUGUAGGAGACAUUGGUGAUUUUAUUGAAAACAGAGACAUCGUUGUUCAAACUUCGUCUGGAGCUUUACGUCGUAUCAGUGAAUUACAUCCUUCUUACCUUGCUCUACAGUAUCCUCUAUUAUUUCCAUAUGGUGACGAUGGUUAUAGAGUUGACAUCCCUCAUAGAGGUGUUACGUCUUCGAGCAAUAGCAAGCGUCCAAACACUACAAUGAGGGAAUUUUUCGCUUACAGAAUUCAAGACAGGGAUAAUUCUUUCUCAUUAAUUUUGAAUUCAAGAAGGCUUUUUCAACAGUUUUUGGUAGAUGGUUAUACAAUGAUUGAAAGCGAGAGGUUAUAUUACGUACGAAAGAAACAGAAAGUUCUUCGAUGUGAAUCUUAUGAGAAUUUAAGUAACUUUCAACAUCAGGGGAAUAAGAACAUUUCGGAAAUUGGCCAACGUGUUAUAUUACCUUCUUCUUUUACUGGUGGUGCACUUUACAUGAUGCAAAACUACUUAGACGCCAUGUCUCUUUUUGUGUAUACAAUUGAGUUUCAAAAGCGCGGUUUGCCUCACAGCCAUAUUUGUCUAUUCAUGCAACCUGAUUACAAGCUUCCUACCGUGGAACACAUUCAUCAAUUUAUUUCAGCUGAGAUUACCAGUAUUCAACAAGAUCCUGCUUUGUAUUCACUUGUGAAGGAGUUCACGAUUCAUGGUCCAUGUGGUGCUCAAAAUGUCAAUUGCCCUUGCAAGGUGGAUAACAAAUGCUCUAAAAACUUCCCAAAGAAUUUCUCUGAACAUACUUCAAUUGACGAGAAUGAUUUUCCUAUAUAUAGGAGAAAAAACGAUGGAUCGUUUGUAGAAAAAUCUGGUGUCCAGUUAGAUAACCGAAAUGUUGUUCCAUACAACAAAUAUCUGUUGAAAAGAUACCAAGCACACAUAAAUGUUGAAUGGUGCAAUCAGGGAUCUUCUAUCAAAUAUCUUUCUGCAUGUGAAGCAUCUUGGCGAAUUUAUGGAUACGAUGUUCAUUACAGGCAUCCUUCAGUGAUGAGACUCCCUUUUCAUCUACCUAAUCAACAACAAGUUGUCUACGGUGCAGAUGAUGAUAUCGAUAAUGUUCUUAACCAGACUUCAGUUGCUUCUUCGAUGUUCACAUCUUGGAUGGAGUGCAACAAAGUUUACAAACAAGCAAAAAAAAACUAA